AUGCCAACCUUAGUAAACACAAUCUACGAAAGAUGGGCUGCACUGCGUGGUCGAAGUGUUAAUGAUUGUGUGCGCAUGUACCUUAAUGUUGUUCGCAAAUGGCCUUUCUGUGGAGCCAAAGUUUUUCUAACUUGUUUUAAAGGCAGGGACCAAAACCAGUUUUGGAUUGCUGUUCAAGAAGAAGGCAUAUCUCUACUGGAUCAUACUUCAUUGCAACCAAUCAGCAACUUUGAUUUCAAAUCCGUCGUAACAUUUGGUGGAUGGAAAGAUGAUUUCAUGCUUGUUGUUAACCAAUUGAUUGAGUCAGCUCCCCAUCACUAUGAACAUAGGACAGAGAAAAUGUUGUUUGUACUGCCAAAACCCAAGAUCCUUGAAUUAAGUCUAUUAAUCGCUAGUUACAUCAACAGUCGUCUACAACACCCAUCUCCAGACAGUGCCGACGAUAUAUAACCAACCAUCUAGCUCUUUCUCUUCCUGUGUAAUAAAAUUCAUCACUUGCCCUUCGAUUCCUGAAGCUUCCGAUAUUUUAUCCAAUACACGAAACAAUGAUUAAAAAGAAAAAAAAAUUGAAAAAAAAACACCAUGAAAGAAGUUCCUGUAACUUCCUGCAAAACAGUUCUUCUCCAAUGACAGAUUCAUUGGUUUGUACCAUGACCUAUUUAGGGUCCUUAAGAGGCCCUUGAUGAGAUACUUUUACAGUCCAUUACAUCCUGGUGGAAUCCAUUUCUCUCCUAGCAGAUACAUUCAGCAUUUGGUUAAUAUAAAACGGGUUUCCCCAAGUGUCCACACAUCAGCUUGCAAUCCUGGAACAGCGAUAUAAUAGUGGUGAGAUAAUGAGCACCAUUUCCAGUGCCAAUCAACCAUUUGACAUUUAAUGUAUAUAGACAAUACAUACAUCAAACAUACAUGCAUACAUAUAUGCAUAUAUAUAUAUAUAUAUAUAUACACAUACACACAUAUAUGUAUAUCCAUCUCUUCAGUUUUUGUCAUUUUAGUUCAUACGUUCCAUUGCAGACAUUUUUUUCUUGAUAGGAUCCAAGAAAAUAAAAGGAAGAAAUAAUACCAAACAAAAAACAGAGACUAUUUUUGCUUUGAAAGAUUGCCUAUUGAAGGACACUCUAUUCGUAUCAAGUUUUAUAAUUAUAUAAUCAAGAAAUACCAUUCUUUCAGUUUUUCUCUCUGUCUAUUUAUCUAUCUAUCUAUCUGUCUCUUUACUUUCUCUCUUCCAGUAAGAGACAGAAGGCAUCAAACGGAAUGAAAACAAUAUAUUCUUAUAUUGAGAUUCUAAAUAUCAGAGAGCAAUAUCUUUAAAAAUAAUCUGUGUUCUUCUAUGUUUAGCAUCCAAUUGAUGAUUAAGGUUUGUUCUGAAGUUUACAGCAGAAACAUAACAAGAGAAGAAAAAUAAUAAUUAUAAAAAAAAAAGAAAACCAAAUGGAGAAUACUGAUUAAAUAAAUAGUUAUAUAUAUAUAUAUGCAUGCACACACACAGACACACACACAUGCAUGAACGCGCACACACACAUACAUGCAUGCAUGCACACACAUAUAUAUGCUUAGAUAUUAUAUACAUAUAUAUAUAAAAUUUAGGAUAUAUUAGGUACAUAUGUGAUGCAUACACACACACAUAUGCUUAGGUGUGUAUUGUGUGUGUGAAUAUGCACAUCUAGACAUGGUUCAUAUAUAUAUAUAGAUACAUAUGUAUAUAUGUGUAUGUAUGUAUAUAUAUAUAUAUAUAUAUAUAUAUAUAUAUAUAUAUAUAUAUAUAUAUAUAUAUAUAUAUAUAUAUAUAUAUAUAUAUCAAUAUAUAUUACAUGAGCUUGUUUAGAAAUGAACAGAAUUAGCACUCAAUACAUCGAAUAGAGUUUGUGUUUAUUUUGGAUCAAUAUUCAAUUCACUCCAUUGUAUCUCAGAGUUAACCACUACUGCCAUAGAGCUCUGCACCUGCAGUUGGCUUUUACUUGUGUACAGCACCUUGAGUAACAAUGGAAUAUAUUAGCAACUGGUUAUGUGUAUGGGUUUGCUUAUUUAAGUACAGGCUAAGGUUAUGUGUAUAUGUGUGUGUGUGUAUACACAUGCAUGCAUAUAUAUCUAUGUAUAUAUGCAUGUAUGUAUAUGUGUGCAUAUAUGUAUAAAUGUGUUAGUACUUAUGUAUAUGAGGGAAUAUAUUAAAUAUAUAUAAAAAUAUAUGUACAUACAUAUGCAUACAUGUACAGACACACACACAUGGAUACUUUAUAUAUACAUACAUGUAUGUAUGUGUAUAAUUUUGUCUAUAUAGUUAUAGAUAUACAUACAGUGACAUGUAAUAUGCAUACAUAUAUGUACAUUAUUUACAUGUACUUUUAAAUCAUAUUAUUUGUAUUAUUUAUAUAUACAUAUCACAGGUAAAUCAUUUAUAUAUGUGCAUCAAAUAUAUAUUAUAUCUCUAUAUUGAUAUCUUGUGAUAUACAUAUAUAUAUAUUGUAUGUUAUAUACUUAAUUUGUACAAGACAAAAGAAUGUAGUUUGAAAUUACAUCAUCUUUACAUGUAUGUGUGUGAUGAUUACCUAAUGAAUAUUUAAAAGUAAUUUCAUUUAAUCCUUAAAUCCAAUGUACAAGUCAGUUUAUCAGCAGUGUUAUGCUAAUAAACUAUGUAUAAUAUGUGUUUAUAGUUGACCAGAUGUUAAAAAAAUAUAGGCAAUAGAUAAUUUCUCUACUGCCAAAUAUAUUUUCAAGCAUUUUUACAACUAUAAACACUCAUCAAUAUAUGUAUUCAUCAAAGAUGGCGAGUUGGCAGUAUCGUUAGUAUUGCCAAACAAAAUGCUGGUGGCAUUUUGUCUGGCAAUGUCCAUCUUUAUGUUUUGAGUUCAAAUUCUGCUGAGGUCGAUUUUGCCUUUCAUCCUUUCGGAGUUGAUAAAAUAAGUACCAGUUGAUUUCUGGGGGUGUCAAUGUAAUCAACUUUGUACCCCUCUAAAUUGUUGGCCUUAUGCCAAAAUAAAUAAUAAAUACACACGGUUAUCAUUAUAAAACUUCUAACAAAGUGACUUGUAUGAUGGAUUUUGAAAAAUUAAUUUUGUGUAAUCAUUAAGUUAUUGUCACUGAAACACAUGUAAUGAUGACAUGCAUAAAUUCACACUGUUCUCUUGUUACAUACUAUUUAUUCAUGCUUCAUGAUCAUUAUUGCCAGCAAACCUUAAUAUGAGAUUAUCUGUGAAAUAAUAUGGAUUUUCUUUUUACCCAUCUGUUAUGAUAAAUAUUGGGAAAUAUGAUAUAAAUAUCUGUUCAUAUGUAUAUAUACAUAUAUAUCUAUAUAUCUGUAUGUAUGUCGAGAUACAUGUGUGUGUGUGUGUGUGUGUUUAUAUACUUCUAUACACAUAUUGAUGUAGUAUAUAUAUAAAUAAAUACAUACAUACAUAUAUGUAUGUAUAUCAAAUAGUCCAUUUGAGACAAUAUAGGCCUGCAUUUGAAAGGAAAAAAUACGAUUUUCAGAUGAGCAUCAAAUUUUUCUUUCUCAAAAAAAAGAAAAACAUACAAGAAAAUCAGGAUAGAUAUGAAAAUCUGUCACUUUUGCAAAAAAACUAAGGAAGGUUGCAUGUAUAUAUAUAUAGGUAAAAAAUUAAGGAGUGCAUGCGUUACAUAAAUAAUAUUUUUAGGAUUAAAUAAAAGGACAAAUCCUGAAAAUAUAUAUAUAUAUAUAUAUGUAUAUAUUUUUAGGAUUAAAUAAAAGGACAAAUCCUGAAUAUGUGUGUGUGUGUGUAUUUAUUUGGAAAAGGAAUAGAAAUAGAAAUAGCUUUCAAAUAUAUAAUACUGUACCACAGACUUUCUGUUUCUAAUUCUAGUAUAUGUAUGUAUAUAUAUGUGUAUGUGUGUAUAUCUACAUAUCUACCUACCAAUCUCUCUCUCUUCCUCUUUCUCCAUAUAUAUAUAUGUAUAUGCACACACACACACGAAGAAAAUAUCAUAAAAGUUAAGAUUGAAAGAUAUAUCAAUUUAUAGAAUUGUACUAAAUGGUAGACCACAUUCAAGAAUAUCAGUUAGCUUAUAUUUUUUCACACUAGUUAUUUUCAUUCCUUAUAUUCUGUAUUUGCUGUCAUUUUUUCCUUUCUUUGCAUCAUAUUCAUUCUCUGCCAGGAACUAAGAAAAACAGCUUUCCUAACUAAUAUUAAGAUGUAAGGAACUGAAGCCCUUAUUACAUUUCUAACUGACCAUUCAAAACUAGAAUAUUUUUCGUUUACAUCUUGUUUGUUUUUUCGGCCUUUUAUUUUUUUUCAGUUUUGUUUGGGAAAAGUUCGUUUAUUGUCUGAAAAUUACUUAGUCUUUAAGCAUGAAUCCUGAAGUAAUAGUAUAUUAUCUUUAUUGGACUAUAUCAUAUACAUACAUACAUAUGUAUCGCUCUCAUUCUUCACAUGUAUUGAGUAACCUAUUUCUGGUCAUAUAAACACCUAUUACUUUACACACACACACACACACACGCGCAUGCAUGCACACAUACAUAUAUUUAGGAAGUUAAAAGUUAUGGUAAGUCGUAGAGUGACGAUUGAUUUUGCACCUAUAAAACAUUCAGCAGUAUAGGCCUUCAGCCAUUUGACUGAUGAGUGACCUAUAAUGUUAGGCGCUUUAUAGACACAAAACCAAUGGUCACUAUGAUAACUUUUAACUUCCUAAACAAAUAUAUUGCUCUAAUGCUUUAGAGUGUGCUUCUUUUUCAGAUAUAUGAACAACAGACCCUAUAUAUAUAUAUGUGUGUGUUUGUAUACACACACACUUGUAAGCAUUUUCUUUUGUAUCAUAACAUUAAAAAAAAAAUCAUGUAAGAAGGAGAUAUAAUUUGGAAACUUAACACCCCUUUUGUUAUGGGAAUUGUAAAAGUGCUAUAGACAUGACAAACAAAUGAGAAUAGUAUGCAUAUAUCGGUCUGGUUUAUUGGUUUAAAAGGAUGGUUAUUGUUCUUUUUUUAACCUUAUCCAAAUUAAAGAUUAUCGCCAACUAUCAGCGAGCGGUAUUUUGCUUUUUAUGAUAAGGUCAUAAAAUUAAAAGAUCUUAUACAAAAACUA